CAAAUAUUAUCUCUGCUCCAUUAUUCUAGCUCAUCGUCUUCUCUAUUCUGCAAAAACCCUUUCGGAGUCGAGGUUUCCGAAGAUAAACAAAUUCGCUGCUUCUCUCAGCCACCGUCACCGGUUGAGCAACGCUCGAUUUUAGAUCUUCAUGUGACAUUUACAAGGAAGCUGAGAAUUUUAUUGAGGAUGAGCACUGUGCAGAUUAGUUCAUGCAAUCCUUGCAUCCGCCUCAGGAACAGCUCUCAAUCUCUUCGUCUCCCUUCUAAACCAUAUAUUUUACCAAUUCAUGCUAAACAUGCUCUUCUUAGAAAUCCUUUGGUAGCAACGUGUGAUGCAUCAAUUCAGCAACGGUGCAUGACCGUAUUGAAGAACCAGCGAUGCAGGGCGGUAUCUACGUACCAACAAUCAUUCCCUGUCUGCUUAUUGGGUGGAAAAGGAAAAGAUGGAAGUGACGACGAGGCUUCCCCAUGGAAAUCUCUGGAGAAAGCAAUGAGCAAUUUGAAGAAGGAAAGUUCAAUAGAGGAUGUAUUACGUCAGCAGAUAGAAAAGAAGGAAUUCUAUGAAGACAAAGACAGUGGCACAGGUGGUGGUGGUGGUGGCGGCGGCGGCGGCGGUGGCGGUGCAGAUCCAUCUGGUGGGUCAGAAGAUGAAGGCUUUGCUGGAAUCAUUGAUGAAACCUUGCAAGUGAUUCUAGCAACCAUUGGAUUUAUAUUUCUGUAUGUUUACAUCAUCACUGGUGAGGAGUGGGCUCGGCUAGCAAAGGACUACCUCAAGUUUCUCUUUUCAGGGUCUGAGAGUGUUCGUCUAAAACGUGCCAUGUACAAAUGGGGAAGGUUCUACCAGAAGCUGACUGAGAAGAAGGUGUAUGAUAAGUUCUGGUUGGAGAAGGCCAUAAUCAGUACCCCAACUUGGUGGGAUAGCCCUGCCAAGUAUCACUACGUAACUGAGAGCAUUAGAUCUCAUUUAGAAUCAAAUUCUGAUGAAUAGUCCCAGUCGAGUAGUAGUAUAAUUAUACCGACCUUCCCUCUACAUUUGGGCAUUUCCCAUCAACUUUUUGAGGGAUGGUGCAAGUUAUCAGCUUAUAACGUACAUUUUAUUGUUACUCCUGACA